UUAGGACCGGGGUUUCGGUUCUACCUGUGAUGAUCGCAUUCCUACUCAAAGCACAGUCUUAUUAAAGGGGUGAAGAUUGUUAUACUUUUCAGAUCAGAUAAGUCCCACAGCAAGCAGAAGAAUAGCCUGGAUACCUAGAGUAGUUAAAGUUAUAUGCCCUAUCAAGCAGGACUAGAUGUCGGGAAAUAUACGCGUUACUUUAACGCGGGUGUACAUUAUACUAUUAGAAGAGCAGAGCUUUUAAAACAUGGUAAUGAUGUAUUAAUGCACGGGUAGCUGAUAAAACAGACUCAAAGAUCAGAAAAGCUUCUAAAGUUGACAAAAUGACCAAAUACACGUGGCUGCCUCUGCCUCAUGCGUCCAAGUAUUUUAGAAAGACUGACGGAGUUAAUGCAACAGACUUUUUAUCAACUCUGUAUGGGUUCCCGAAUAGCUCUUCGUUUUUCAACUGGAACUUUACCAUCGACGAGGCAAUCUAUGAUAACAGGACCGGUUAUGAGACCGACUCGCAGAACCCCAUCGUGAGGACUUUGCUCAUAGUCGCCUAUUCGGUCAUUAUCAUCAUAUCAUUGUUCGGUAACAUUCUUGUGUGCCAUGUUAUAAUCAAGAACAAGAGGAUGCAGUCUUGUACCAGCCUGUUCAUCGUCAACCUGGCCAUCGCUGAUAUAAUGAUAACCGUGCUCAACACCCCUUUCACACUGGUGAGGUUUGUGAACAGUACCUGGGUAUUUGGCAAGCUGAUGUGUCAUGUCAGUCGUUUUGCACAGUACUGCUCGGUUCACGUCUCCGUAUUGACCCUUACUGCUAUUGCACUGGACCGCCAUCAGGUGAUCAUGCAUCCCCUUAAACCUCGCAUGUCCACAGUUAAAGGAGUGAUCGGUAUUGUUAUCAUCUGGGUGUUGGCAACCUGCUUCUCCUUACCCCAUGCCAUCUAUCAGAAGCUUUUCCGCUUUCAAUUUGGUAACAAAAAGGUCCGGAUGGUGUGCCUCCACAGCUUCCCCCAGCCAGCAGAUCUCUUCUGGAAGUACUUAGACUUGGCUACCUUCGUCCUGCUGUAUGUCCUGCCUUUGUUUGCCAUCUCGGUGGCUUACAUUGUGGUGGCCAAGAAGCUGUGGAUGAGGAACGCCAUCGGAGAUGUCACGAUGGAACAGUACUAUGCUCACCAGCGCAAGAAGAAGAUGACCCUGAAGAUGCUCAUGCUGGUGGUGGUGGUCUUCGCCGUGUGCUGGUUUCCACUGAACUGCUACGUUGUCCUGGUCUCCAGCAAGGCCAUCAACACCAACAAUGCCUUGUACUUUGCGUUCCACUGGGUUGCCAUGAGCAGCACCUGUUACAACCCCUUCAUCUACUGCUGGCUGAACGAGAGCUUCCGCUCGGAGCUCAAGUCCCUGCUGAGCAUGUGCAGAAGACAAAGGACUGUCAACCCACAUGCCCUGCCCACUGUCUCACCCCCUUACAGAAACGCAUGGACAGAGAAUGCAAACUACAAAAAGAACAAGCCUGGCCGAAGUGUGAGGUCCACUUCCAAUGUGAACUCUGGGAGAACUGAGAUUUCCAUUGCAGAGCCAAUUGUUGUUGUGAGCUAAAAUGUACUAAACCAGGAAACACAGCAAGCAAGGGUAAUGAUGGGGACAGUGAUGUCGAGUGUAUGAAAUGUGUCCUCAGUCGAUCCUGAGUGCCAAGAUGAAAUACAGUACAGUUCUGCUUAGUGUUAAGGUAUUUUUAGCUGUAGUUUCUUGAUGUAAUUAAAAUUCUUUAUAAAUAAAAGGGACUUCGAAUGCUACAGGCUGUUUGGUCAGCUAUUUAAAACAGAAAACAGCCCAUGUCUACGUGAUGUUUUAAAAAUUCCAACUUAAACUGAUAUAAAAUGUAUUUUAAAUGGCAUGUGUUGUGUUGUAAAACCCGUCAAAUUUGCUCAAAUCCAGACACAGGUCACUUCCAUGUACAGUGUUUGAAAAUGUGGAAUGACUGGGGUCUUAGCCAAUAGGCUGUGGAUAAUAAGUUAUAUUCAAAGCUCUCCUUCAAGGUUAGGAUAAAAGGUGUGAGGGAGUUUUAUUGGAAUGGAACAAUAUAAGAAAAAAUCUGGCACGUCAGUAUUGUACAUUUACAACUAUAGUUUAUAAAUACUUCUGUAGAUGGAGAAGCUGUUUAACAUCACAAUAAAACAAACUUGUAAACAAAAUACCAGCAAUGGCUACAUUAAGAAAUCUAAUGCAAGACUUUUACAAACGUUUUAAGAUGUCUCUCAAAUAGUUUGUUUUAAUGGAAACCAAUCGGGCACAUAAGUCAAUAGACAGUACUGCAACAGAUCUUGAAAGAGCGAGAAACAGGCCAUUCCCACAGCUUUCUAAAGGACUAAAGAACAGGGCAGCUGUAAAUGCACCAUGCCUUUUAAAUCCUUACGAUGAUUCGCUUUCAAGUGCUUGAGCAUCACAAUUACAUCAGUUUGUAGGCUCAGGUGAUCAUGUGUAUGUCAUUGUAAUCUGCAGAUCUGAAGAUGUUAAUGUGUGACGGUAAUGUGUAUAAACACCUGUUUCUAUUUAAGGAUUGCUUAUGAUUGUAAGGAUUAUAUUAAUAUUCAUGUUGUUUGUUUUGUAUUUCCCUCCCCCAGGCUUUUUAUAAAUGUUCUCUUUUUAGCCGUUUUAUCGGUGUUGCUGUCUGAAUAAAAAAUGGAGAGCAGUGAUUCACUACAUUAAAUUUUAAUUACAGCAGCCUACGCGCUAUCAUGCAUUUUAACAUCUUCCAUCUCUUGCAGCCCUCUCCGUGUCUGGUAAAUAUUCCACCCGAGACAAAGAUUAAUUG